GUGGUGAUGUAGGCUGCACCUGCAAAUCGAACCAUAAUAGAAACAAAUGUGUCAGGGGAAAACGGAAUUAAGUUUAUGUUCACGAAAUAUAUAGCCCUUAAUGUAAUAAUAUAAAGAAAGUACAGGAAGUGUGGCACGUAUUACGCGCGUUUACGUUUUCGGUGAGGCCACAGUGGAACAAGAACUGAUCGGUUGGACCAGUGAGAGCGGUCAAAUUUGGGGUCCCUUUGCCCCCUCACCACCCCCCUCCCGCUCCCCUCUGUGACCCUUUCCUGACCCCUCGGUGACCCCGCGGUGACCCGUGCCCUGGCUCGUGAUGCUCCGUGAGGGAGGCAAACCGUGGAGCAACGGCUGCGAGGCCUACAGCAGCGACCCCGAGGAGGAGGAGGAAGAGGAGGAGAUGGUGUUCGGGGAGAACGACGAAGAUGCCGAGGAGAUGAUGGACCUGAGUGACCUGCCCACCUCCCUGUUCGCCUGCAGCGUUCCCGAAUCAGUGUUCGAAGAAGACCUGCACCGGGAGCGUUUCGAGGCCCUCUUCCGGAUCUACGACGAGCAGACGUCCUUCCAGAUGUUCAAGAGCUUCAGGAGGGUCCGCAUCAGCUUCCGCACCCCGGAGGCCGCUGCCCGCGCCCGCAUCGAGCUGCACGAGUCCGACUUCAGCGGCAAGAAGCUCAAGCUGUACUUCGCCCAGGUGCAGAACUCGGGCGAGGACAUCGACAAAUCUUACCUGGCCCCCCCCCAGCCCGUCAAACAGUUCCUCAUCUCGCCGCCCGCGUCCCCGCCCGUUGGGUGGAGCCAGAGUGAAGACGCCACGCCCGUCAUCAACUACGACCUGCUGUGUGCUGUGGCCAAGCUGGGUCCAGGUGAGAAGUACGAGUUGCAUGCUGGGACGGAGUCCACGCCCAGCGUGGUGGUGCACGUGUGCGAGAGCGAGACUGAGGAUGAGGAGGAGGGCCGGCCCAAGCAGAAGAUCGUACAGACGAGACGUCCGGACGGCCCGCCCGCCGUCUGCAACUAAAGGCCCCGCCCCCGCCAGGGGGAAAUCCCAUCCCCCCCACACCCCCUGCCCUGUUCUUUCAGCCUGAGAAAGACACCCUUCAUUUCAGUUUCCAAAGAGAGGGAGAGGGAGAGAGAGAGAGAGGAGAGAGGGAGAGAGAGGAGAGAGAGAGAGAAGGCGAGGGAGAGAGGGAGACAUUUUUGGUGGUGGAUGGCAUUCUGGGAGCAUGCUGGCGGACUUAUAGGGCCCAAGUGGGCGGGGCCACGCUCUCACACACAUUGCCGGGGGAGACGGGGCCUGCUCCCUGUUCCCUCCAGGGGCUCCAGCCUACCCAGAAUGCAACACCAGUUUCAUUUCACGCACUGUGCUGUACCGCUUGCUUUCUCUUUUCAUGCAUUAAUCAUUUUUGUAUUUAUAUUAAAAUUAUUACUACUACUGCUUUAUUAUUAUUGUUAUUAUUAUUAUUAUUAUUAUUAUUAUUAUUACCACUAUUGUCAGGAAUUUUAUCUGUGUGCAACUAUUUAAGAGAUUAGAGUUACGCAAAGGCAAGCAUGAAGGUUUUUCCUUUUUUGACAUUUAUAAAUACUGUUGUUAUUAUUAUUAUUAUUAUUAUUAUUAUUAUUGUCUGUAUUUCUGAUUAAUGUGUGUCACAUUGCUCAUUUCAACUGACCUGUUGAUUUUCCAGGACACCCAGUCAAAGAGUGGAUGUGAUCAACAUUACUGCCUUGCCUGUGUUAAAGUGUGUGUAUCAGACACACAUGCUCACACACUCAAAUACGUACAUAUGCACACUUAAACUCUUACACACACGCUCACACACUCAUAUAUACGUACAUAUGCACACUGACACUCACACACUCACGCAGGCUCACACAUUCGUAUAUAUACACACACAUGCAUGCUUACAUGCUCAUACACACACGCUCACACACUCAUAUAUACACAUAUGCAUACACACGCACACACACACACACACACACACAUAUGCACACAUGCCCACGUGCUUUAACUAAGCUAGUCAGUAAGAGAAGUUAGCUGAAGGGUUUGAGCGCGGGCGAAGGGCCACCAGGUCACAGUUUCUGAUUCUUUACGCUUUAUUUUCAUUUGAUCGUUUUGCCGUUUGUUUACUGAACAAAGUGUAUAUUCCGCCCGCACUUGUAUUUGAUGCCACAGAACAUUGUGCAUGCUUUACUAAAAAAUAGUUCGGCGCCGAUCCGCUUGAACACGACGCGGAAACUGGACGUCUUGUCGGCCAGGUGGAGUUUUCUGCGCGAGGCGAAGACCGAGAGAGGGCUUCGCGUCACGCGCGGGAUUUUACGGGGAAAAAGGCGACCGUAAACGUCUCUGAGGCCCAGAGGACCAUCAUGUGCGGUCAGGUUUGGUGAACCACUGGAGAACGUACCAAACAGAAAACAUCUGGACCGUGUGAUGAUCACAUCUUAUGGGAGGGGGGAAAAAAAAAAAAAAAAACUUGGGGUAACUGUUUUGCCUCUGCAGACAUUGGGGUGUGACGAUCACUAGCCUCCAUCUUUCAUAUAUGAGUAAUAUUUAUUGUUUGUAAAUAUGAAGAAUACAGUCGUUGUGAUCAAAAUAUUGCCAAAAAAAAAAUGCGAGAGAGAAACCGAAGGCAGUAAUUUGUGUAACCAAAUAUUUAAAACUGAAAAAGGUUUUCUGAAUUGUAUUUAUUUUAUUUUAUUUUUUCGUUUCAAACUACUUUUGAAAACUCUUAGAGUAAAUGCGCGAGACAUUCCCGUUGGAAUGACUUGGAAUGGUGUUCCGCUUCAGUCUGUCAAUCACACUGUUCAGCAACAUGCGUGUUCUCUGUGUACAUGACUCUUCUCACACUAAAUCUGUUUUUAAAUGUAGUCAUUUGAAUUUUUGUCAUAUUUAUUAUGUAUUUAGUUGAUUCUGCCUUUUUGGAGUGUGUCUAAAACCUGUAAAGAAAAUCCAGUUUUUUUCUUCUGAGGUCAGAGUUGUAUUGUAGCUCCAGAUUGUUGUGUCCCUUUAGUUGGUGAGGAGUGGGCGGGGUCAGAGCAUGACAGGACAGGGCGGCACAGGUGUGUCUCAGUGGGUCACAUGACAUGGGCACCUAGAGAUAUAAUUUGAUUGACGAGGACUGGGGACUGAGGGAGUGCAGUUUAUUAGGGAGUGAAGCUUCUAAAUUGGAUUUUGCUUUUGAAUUAUUUGUAGUAUUUGUAAUAUUACUAGUAACAUAAAUCUGCAUGGUAGCACUUUAUUAUCAUUUUUAAUUUUGUAAUUCUGUUUCUCUGGUCUUGCACAAUUUAAAAAAGGAUAUUUAUUCUUUUUUUUUUUUUGCUUUUUUUUUUCUUUCAAAAUGAACACCUCUAUAGCCUUUGUUCGCCACAGCCUAGCAGCAUGAGCGUCACGCCGGUGGGGAGGGAGGGAGGGACGCUUAUUUUCAUUGCAGACCUUGCAGCUAGCGUGCAGUUUAGCCGUUUGAGUGUGUUUCUGCAUGGAGAAACUUCUGUCUCGUAUGAGGUCGACUUUUCAUAACUGCAGUUUCUAAGAGUACGGUGUACCUUCUGUUCGAAACAUACCGAACUCUACAGGGCACGCGCUCAGGCGCGAAGUUUAGCAGGGACGACAGAUAUGGUGAUGAUGAUGACAAUGAUGAUUAUGGUGAUGACGAUAACGAGGAAGAUGAUUAUUAUGGUUGUCUGGUAUGUUUCACUGUCUGCUGUUGUUGGGUCUUUGAAACUGGGUGCAUUUUCUGUCACAGAACAAAACAAAUAUAUUUAAAAAAUAUAUUAAUGUGUGUAUGCUAGGUGUUAUGUUAUGGAGGCAUGUUUCAGUAUACAGUUUAUUUUGGCUUCUUUCGGAUUAUUAGGUGAGGGUUUAUAAUGUUUUUUUUUUUCAUUUGAAAAAAAUAACACUUGUUUGACGCAAUUUGUGUGGUGUCGUGUUGAAAAUGGACUCAGUUUUAAUGUUCUUGGAAGUCUAAAAAAAGAUCAGCACUGUCACUGUUGUACUGCUUUGUUGAAAUAUCAAUAUUGUGUCUCGUACCGUAGUUGUUCAGAGAAAAAGUAGCAAUGAAGCAAUAAUUUAUGGUUGUAUCUGUAUUUCAUGUAUUGUAUGUAGUUAUUUCUAGAUUUGUUUUCCCUGAUUGUUAGUUGCUUAUAUUUGUGUCGACGUAUGAAUGUUGUUUGUUUCACAUAGAAAUAUAUAAAGAAGUAUUCUUAAAAAAUG